CAAUCUAGCCUUGGAGAUAGGAUCGAUGAAAAUAAGCCAAAUACUAAUCUUGAAAUAAAGAUGCCUCUGAUUAAUGGUGCAGCCAAAAGUCCAGUUGAAAGUGAAGAUCUCAGUGCUGAUCAAACCAAAAAUGAUGUUGAAG